AUGAGUUCCUCUGUCUAUCUAAGCCUUCCACCCUCUUCGUUUUUCAAGUUCCCGCCUUCACCCCUCCCGGAAACCAUCCCGCCGCCCACUGUUGCCAAACCAACAUGGUAUCAGCCCUUCAAUAUUCCUGCGGAUCUCUACCGGAAAGCCUUGGCACCCCAGGUGCCUCUCACCAUCGCCGCCCUCUAUGCCACCUCUGUUGUCCUGAUGAACCGUGUCAAUAAGAAGAGAGGUUACAAACCCUGGGCCUUGAGUAAAACGACCGCCUUCAAGGCCUUUGUCAUCCUCCACAAUGUCUUCUUGGCCGUCUACUCUGCCUGGACUUUCGCGGGUAUGAUCCGCGCUUUCUACCACACCUGGCCCGAGCGUGGCGAAAAGUAUAACGUCGUCAGAGUUGCCGAUGCCCUCUGCAAGAUCAACGGUCCCCGUGGUUUGGGAAAUGCUGCUUUCUAUGAUCCUGCCCAAAAGAAAUGGACCAUGAUCAGCCCGGAAUACAAGCUGGGACCUGGUGGCGUACCUGACUCGACUGAUGUUGGACGUCUCUGGAAUGAAGGGUUGGCCUUCUUGGGCUGGAUUUUUUAUCUCUCCAAGUUCUACGAAGUUCUCGAUACCGCAAUCAUCCUGGCCAAGGGAAAGAGGAGUUCCACUCUCCAGACAUACCACCACGCUGGUGCCAUGAUGUGUAUGUGGGCUGGAAUUAGGUAUAUGGCGACUCCCAUUUGGAUCUUUCCUCUAUUUAAUUCCGCCAUUCACGCUAUGAUGUAUCUCUACUACACCUUGACUGCACUAUCCAUUCGCGUGCCUGUUGCCAUUAAGCGCAGCUUGACCUCCCUUCAGAUCACACAAUUUGUUUUUGGCUCCACCUUGGCUGCUUGCUAUAUUCUCAUUUCCUACACUUUCCCGAUUGGUGUUCCCCGUUCGGUUGCCAUGACUUCUUUGACCUCUGCUAUUUCUGAUGCCGUCACCGCUGUUGCUGUUGCGCCGAAUGACACCGUUGGAGGUAUGAGUCCUUGGCUCAAGAAGCUGGCUCUCCGUGCAGCUGGAGCUGAGGGAGUUGCUGAGCAUGUGCUUAAUUCUAACGGAGAAUUAUUUGGCGUAGACGGACGCCAAGCAGUGCAGGCUCUUCUUGCGAAACAGGAAACCCGAUAUGUCUUAGAACCCCGUACUUUCACCUGCCUGGAUACCUCUGGCCAAACCUUUGCUCUCUCUCUUAACAUCCUCUACCUCUUGCCUCUGACUUUCCUCUUUGUCCGUUUCUUUGUCCGAUCCUAUCUCCGCCGUACUUCCCAAGGCGCCAAACACCCAACCCAUGCUCACGCAGCCGAGAAAGCUGGCAUUGAUGCACUAAAAGGUGUCACGCGGGAAAUUCGGAAUGCUGUUAUCGAAAUGCAUGGUGAUGACGGAAGUGCCCUGGAAACAGAUUCUGGAAUCGGCACUCCCCACCCUGAAGCCUAUGAGGCGAACGUCGAUGACAUUAUGACGUACAAGCAGCUGAAAGCUGAGAGAAAAGAAGCCGCCAUUGAUAAGCACCCAUCUCCGCCCCAGCUGGCACACCCCUCCUCAGCAGAAUCAACACCUCAACCGGUCCGUAUGAACCGAGUAGCUGGCAGUUCACAAGGCUGGCAGCGCUCGCACUCCCUCCAAGACUAA